CGAGUUAACCACAGGAAAGAAACUGAAGAGCCCAUAGCGGCAUAUCUCCACACACAGCGGAGAUGAGCUCCGAGUAGAGGAGAACACAAAUACUCACCGCUGUGUCGCUAAAUGCAGGUAAAUCCAGGUGAAUCUGGUGUCAGUAUGCCGUAAGGAGCGAGUUUCACAGUGUUUCGCGGCCAUGGCUUCUUUAAGGAUGGUCAGCAGACUGGCCGGAGUGAACCGAUUCAGUAGAAGCAGCAGCAGCGCGACUCUGCAGCUGAAGGUUCAACCCAGCAAGUUCCUGUGGAGGUGUUCCCCUGUCCUCUGCUGUAGCACUGCAGCAUCACAUAAUGAAAUUCCAGUGCAGUACAGACAUGGCCGCCCCGUGCUGGCACUGCCUUUGCCCUCCAGACAGGAGAAGUGCCUCUUCUUCAUGCGGCCCAUGCUCACAACCGUCAGUGACCUCAUUCAGGACAUCCAGAAAGAGGACUCAGGAGUUUCAUCUGCUUCUGUUUUUACUACAGAUGGUGUGAGAAUUGCCUCCGGUACACCCAUGGACACUCUCCUUAACAAGGACUUCCAGCUACACAUCAAUGAAGUCAUCUAUAAUGUUCGCUCAACACAAAAGGAACCACUCUCUAGUGAGAAGCUGACGAACCUGAAUGACGUGAAGGACACGGUGCACAUGUUACACACAGCACUAGGCCUACCUGAGCACCACCUUGUGCAGGAAACAGAUUUGCUGCAGAAGCUGGACAUUUUAAAACAAGAGCUCACACCUAUGGAGCAGCUGAAGGCCCAGCUGGACCUCAGAGCUGAGCGCAGUUCUUCGAGGGUGCUGUGGAUGGGCCUGGCUCUGCUUUCUGUGCAGGGAGGGGCCCUGGCUUGGCUCACAUGGUGGGUUUAUUCCUGGGAUGUCAUGGAACCCGUCACCUACUUCAUCACCUACUCUACCAGCAUUGGGGUCUAUGCCUACUACGUUCUCACUAAACAGGACUACGUUUACCCAGAUGCAAAGGACCGGCAGUUCCUGCGUUACUUUUACAGAGGGGCCAGAAGACAUCAGUUUAAUGUGCCAAAAUACAACCAGCUAAAGAACGAACUGGCUUCGGUGGAGGAAGAUCUGAGACGCUUGCGAAACCCAAACCAACUCAGACUACCUGUAGAACAGAUCCGGCCCAGAGAUGAAUAAGGCAUACACUGUACAUUACAAUGUAUAUACAAAGCAAAUGACGGACAUACUGCCUUUCUCUGAUUCCCUAAACUGUAUGGUUUGAUACUCAUGUUAUUUAUAGCGCCAUUAACAGAUAUCAUCUCAUGAAUUUCUUUUAAACUUUCUUGAAAACCAUCUGAUGUGUUGCAUUUCUUAUUUGGAGUCUCCAAGUACUGAAAUAAAGCGCUUACCCUAAA